GGUUCACCCACGGACAUUCAACUCGGCCUUGUGGCCCAGCUGAGGCGGUUCAGCAGCGUGGAGGCUCUUGCUUGUCUCGCUGCCCGUCUCCCGCCUGCAGCAGCAGAGACUGCCGGCUCAUCUGCGGCAGGAGAAGAACCUGAUACACGUGUUGCUGCAUGGAUAGGCAGUCUGCCGCCUUCGCUAGCUGCGGUUGCAGCAGAUGCAGCAAUCGCCCCGUGGUUGCAACAGACCCCCGUAGGAUUGCUGCCGCUGCUGCCUGCUGUAUUGGCCGCGCUGCUGCACUUGAGGCUUGUUGCUGAUGUGCUGCUAUCGAUCAUUCUGAAGCCGUCAGAGGCAGCCGAUGCAGCAGCUGCUCUAAAAGGGGUGGCCGUUGACUGUGGUGCUGCUGUUGAUAUAUUGUUGCACUCACCGCAACAGCAGCAACGGCAGCAGCAGCACCGUCAGGUCGCUGCUCUAACUGCGGCUUUCUGUGGGUGCUUUGCCUCAAAACUGAGAUCUGUUCUCUUGCAGGGCUUCCAUGUCAUGAAUGCAGCUGAAGGCGGCAGCGACGCUGCUGCUGUACAAGAGGAUAUAGACAGCCACGAGUGCGGCGACUCUGGCACAAAAGGCGUCAAGCAGCAGCAUCAGCAAAAGAGAGGUUGGGAGCUCAUGCGACAGCGUGGCCGUCGGAGCAGCAGCAGCAGUAGCAGGAGCAGCAGCAACAGCAAAAUUCCGCCGUCGCGCAAAGGUGGAGUGGUUGACUGCGGCGCUGCAGCAGCUUUGCCCACUGCUGGAGCUGCCCCUGGACCUUCUGUAACAGCAGCAGCAACAGCAAAGAAGAGCCCCAUGUCAAUUCGCCGCAACAAACGCAGCACCGCUCCGCUGCCUCCCGCAAUCUUAGAGGAGAAGGCUGCGUGGCGGCUGUUUGCUGCUGCUGCUUCUUCGCAGCGCCAUGCUGUAGCCACACUGGGAAGGCUAUGGUUGAACAUUGUCUUACAGGGAGAUUCGUCAGAGGGAGCAGCAGCAGAAAAUCCAGAAGCAGCAACGGCAAGCGAAGAGACGCGCGCUAGCCUUAUAAGGGAGAUGGUGAAUGAAGUAGUUUCCUGCGGCAAUGACUUGAGCUGCGCUGAGAGGGGGGAUCUUGCACCAUCGCCCCUGCAUCGCGGCGCUCGGAGCCGCAAACGCCUGCAGCAGCAGCUGCAGCAGCAGCAACAGCAGCAGCAACAAAGAUUCCCGCCCACGUGGCGACGAAGGAAGCGCAGGAGGUUUGGGGUGCGCAAGGGAGAGGACCCCCGAGACUCUGACUGGGCGAGAGAUGUGGAGACAUCAGAGCCGACGGCGGAAUCGGAUGAAGACUUCACGGACAACUAA